UUUCCGCGCAAGUAUAGCAAAGUGCAAAAUAGUGAAUCUGACUUUAUUGUUAUACAAUCUCAACAGAGGCAAAAUGAACGAAAUUUACUUCAAUAUCGAUGCGGGGUACUUGGAGGGUAUAGUGCGCGGGUACCGCGAUGGGCUCCUCACAAGGCUGCAAUAUUCGAAUCUCACACAAUGCGAGACGAUGGACGAUCUUAAGUUGCAGCUGGCAACUACCGACUACGCCUCUUUUUUGCAGAAUGAACCGUCACCACUGGCAACAUCGACCUUGUCUACUCGCUGCACAGAGGCGCUCGUGGCCGAGUUUCAGUACAUGCAGCAGAAUGCGGCGGAGCCCAUCUCAAAGUUUUUGGAGUACAUCACAUACGGCUAUAUGAUCGACAACGUGAUACUGCUCAUCACCGGGACGCUCCACGAGCGCGACACGCACGAUCUGCUGGAGAAGUGCCAUCCACUGGGGUUCUUUGACACGAUGCCGGCGCUGUGCGUGGCUACAACAGUGCAGGACCUGUACAGCACGGUGCUGGUCGACUCGCCGCUGGCGGGGUAUUUCCGCGAGUGCCUUUCCGCAGAGGACCUGAAUGAGCUCAACAUUGAGAUUAUCCGCAACACGCUGCACAAGGCAUAUCUCGAGGACUUUUACGCGUACUGUCAGAGGCUUGGCGAGCCGACGGCGUCAGUCAUGGCGGAGAUGCUGAAAUUUGAGGCGGAUCGCCGAACGGUCAAUAUCACGAUCAACUCUUUUGGCACGGAGCUGUCAAAGGAUGACCGGUUCAAGCUGUACCCGCGGCUGGGCAACAUGUACCCCGAGGCGCAGACCAAGCUGGCGCGCGUCGACGACAUGGACCAGGUCAAGGCUAUCCUAGAGCAGUACAGCGAAUACAAGACGUUGCUUGCCGGAGUGAACCUGAGCAACUCGGCGGGUGUGGUGGCGGGCGCAGGCGAGGUGUCGCUCGAGGACCGGUUCUUCACCAACGAGGUGAAGCUGAACAAGGACUCGUUCGAGCAGCAGUUCCACUUUGGGGUGUUUUACUCAUGGCUCAGGAUGAAGGAGCAGGAGAUCCGCAACAUUGUCUGGAUUGCCGAGUGCAUCUCGCAGCAGCAGAAGGACAAGAUCAAUAACUACACGGUCAUCUACUAGGAGCCGGCAAACGCAUUCAUAGUAUUUUCUAUUUUUUAUACAUCUUCAAGCCAACGCAGGCACAGACACAAAUACAUCAUGCACAGGCAUUUGAAUCAAGAA